GUGAAACUGAAAGGACAUGUAUUUUUGUCGUCGUUAAUUAAUCAUAAUAAUUAGAAAAUUUUGAUUCGAAGACUCUCCUGCUCUCUAGUUUGUCCUAAAUGCAUAAUUCUCUGGAUUCUUCUCUUGUCUCUUACUCCAAUUGUUAUAAUGCUUCUUCUUUAUCCCAAUCAAAUUUAUGCAUUUUCUGGAACUAAAUUCCUCCUUCUGAGCUGAGGAAUCCAAAAGGGUUCUUCUGUUCAUUCUUCUUUCAUUGAAUUAGAAUUAGUUUUAGUCAUGGUUUGUACAUUAAUUCCCAACUAUGGAAUUUCAUUUUGUUUAAAAAUCAAGAGCUCCAGAAGGGAUUUAAGGAAUCAAUCUUGCUAUCAUUCGAAGUCGAGAAUUCUGUCUCUUCAGCAGCAGAAUCCCAAUAAAAAUGUCUCGGUGAAUAAGUAUUGGAGAAGGCUAAAACCACCCCAUAUCUUAAACCCUGAAGAGAUCGAAGUCCCACCUCAAAAUGUUAGUAAAAGAGGUGUUUUUGAGAAGGAAAAUGGCAAUCUGCAAAAGGGUUUUCAGCAGAUGUUGGUAUUGUGCGGUUUUGGGUAUUGGGUGAAUGGAUUCAGGUGCUUUCCUUGGCUGGGAUUGAACUUUCAUAUGGCUAAUAAUCUCAGUAUGGAGCCUUCAACUUUGCAGCUGGUUCAGAACAUUGGUAAUCUGCCUAUGGUGGUUAAGCCUCUGUACGGGAUACUGUCUGAUGCUCUGUACAUUGGUGGUGCUCAUAGGAUACCUUAUAUCUCCAUUGGAGUCUUUAUUCAGGUUUUGUCCUGGGGAUUAUUGGCGUUGAUGCCAGUCGCAAGAGAGGCUCUUCCUGUUCUUGUGGCAUGUGUUCUUCUUGGCAAUCUUGGGGCCUCUAUUGCAGAAGUAUCUAAGGAUGCUCUUGUUGCUGAGUACGGCCAGAAGAAUAAAAUUCCGGCUCUGCAAUCCUAUGCAUUCACGGCGUCAGCAACUGGUGGAGUGCUUGGGAACUUGUUAGGUGGUUUUUGCUUAAUGAGAGUGAAACAACCUAUGCCAAUGUUCCUGACUUUUGCUGCUCUACUUGCUCUUCAACUUGCAACUAUUGUAAUGACAAAGGAGGAGUCCCUUGGCUUACCUCAAACAUCAAUUUCCUCAGUUGCGAGGGGAACCAUCUUGGAAAGUAUUAGAAAGCAGUGCUCUGAUCUUGUUGUGGUGGUAAGAAGAGACAAUAUCUCUCGUCCUCUUCUGUGGAUUAUUUCUUCCAUUGUGAUGGUUCCGGUACUGUCAGGCUCCAUAUUUUGCUAUCAAACACAAUGCUUAAAUCUUGAUCCAUCAGUGAUCGGGAUGUCAAAGGUGACUGGCCAGUUGAUACUUUUUGUGCUGACGGUAUUGUAUGAUCGAUUCUGGAAAAAUCUUCCCAUGAGAAAGUUAGUUGGUGUCUUGCAGAUAGUCUAUGCAUCUACCGUCAUCCUUGACCUUAUCCUUGUGAAACAAGUGAACCUUACAUUAGGAAUUCCAAAUGAGAGAUUCGUCUUUUGCUUUUCUGCAGUAGCUGAAACUCUUGCACAAUUUAAGCUCUUGCCAUUCCACGUGUUGUUUGCAAACUUAGCUCCGGCUGGUUGUGAAGGAUCUUUGAUGUCUUUCUUUACCUCUGCUUUGUGUUUGUCAUCAAUAAUGAGUGGCUUCUUAGGUGUUGGAUUGGCUUCUGUUCUUGGUGUCACAUCUGGUGAUUACUCAAACUUACCAAUUGGGAUCUGCAUACAGUUUCUUGCUGCACUAUUGCCAUUGCUGUGGAUUGAUCUAGUUCCCAACACAGAAACUGCUGUCGGAAAAGGAACCAAGUUAAGGAGAAGUAAGAGAAACAGAAGAAAUAGAACUGGUAGGAGAUUGGCAUUUGAUCCCAUCCAUCAUCCUUAUAGACAAGAAAGAGCACCUGAUAUUCGGAGGUGAGAUUCUAUUUAAAAAGUUGGUUAAUGAUCCUUUUGAAAUCAUUUGAUGAAAUUGCACAAUGAAUUAUCAGUGGCAAGUAACAUGUAAAUAUCACCAAUUCAUCCCCCAUCGAGUGCAACACAAGUGAUUUUUGUUGAUCUGUUGCUGAUGUAAUGUGCCAUUCAUCGGCAAUUUUAGUCUAUGAUUUCAUUGUAAGUAUCAUUAUUCGUUGAUGCUGCAAUGUAGCAUGGAAGGAGAAACAACUAACAUAAUGAGGAUAAUCGGGGAAAUCAUCAGUUUGCCUGGUGAUCGCGAUACUAGUUGUUAGAGACUACCUCCAUGUAUAGUCAGCAAUUUCAUUGUCAGAUUCUCUUACAAUGAAGUGCUAUAAUUUCACCUGAAUCAUGUAUCCGAAGAACACCUUAGCCAAUAAUCUUUUUGUACUAACGGAUCUUAGAAUUCCUCUGAUAUAUAUCUUAACGAGUAAGAGCUUCAACUGGA